CCUUAUUCAGUCAUUUGCUACUUGUGACCAUGGCCUCUUCUAAAUUCUUGUUAUUCAUUGUCUUAAUUGUAGCAUUAUUGUCUUUAGCAAAUGCUACAGAGAUGUUAAAAAUUGAGCAGCAGCUCAAUCACAACACCCAAGAGCCACUAGUUGUUGGUGGUAAAGAAGAAGCCAUCAAAUCUGAAGAAAAUAUCCCUGAGGAAAAUAUUACUCAGGGUGAGGCAUACCUGAGGGAAUGUGCAAACAAAUUUAUCAAUAGUUGAGAACAACUUUCCCACUGCAGACAAGUUGUUUGCCCAAGCGAAACACUUCAGGAGUAUGCCUGCCUACCCAGAGGUCACCAGUAUUUACCAUUUAAGAGAGCUGUAUGUCACAGAGAGUAUAACAAACCUGAACAAAUUCCGACAAUUCAAGAGAAUGUCAAAGAGCCCAAACCAAGGUCUGGAUUUGUACUACUAAUGUUUAUUCCUGCCCUAGCAGUCAUACUAUUUUACAUAUUCGGAAACAUAACGUCAGUCGAAGGUCAGACUUUAGUAUUUUCAGAUAUCGAGAUGGAUCCAUUCCAAUAUAAAGAAUACUUGAAGAAACCAGAAUACGGAGACUACUACGCCCUUGAUGAAACUAUCGACUCGUUUAACGCUAGGCUGGCAUACUAAAAAACAUUAGCCCUCUU